UCCGGCGGGCGGCGUCUGCUGCGGGGCCGCUGGCUGUGAGGAGGAAGAUGGAAAGUGGCGCUGUGCUGCUGGAGUCCAAGUCCUCGCCGCUGCACCUGCUGCGCGAGAUGCACGAGCUCCGCCUCCUGGGCCACCUGUGCGACGUCACCGUCAGUGUGGAGUGCCAGGGCGUCCGCGAGGACUUCAUGGCCCACAAGGCGGUGCUGGCAGCCACCAGCAAGUUCUUCAAGGACGUGUUCCUGAACGAGAAGAGUGCGGGCGCUGGCGCCAGGACCCAGGUCUGCUUGAGCGAGGUGCCAGUUGCAGACUUCGCAUCCUUCCUGGAGUUUGUCUAUACUGCCAAGGUGCAGGUGGAAGAGGACCGGGUGCAGCGGAUGCUGGAGGUGGCUGAGAAGCUCAAGUGCCUGGACCUCUCAGAAACCUGCUUCCAGCUCAAGAAGCAGAUGCUGGAGUCCGUGCUCUUGGAGCUGCAGAAUUUCUCAGAGUCCCAGGAGGCCGAGGUCAGCAGCAGCCCCUGCCUUGUCCCUGCUGGCCUGGAGCCCAGGGCAGGUGAAGUUGGUGGCGGUGGGGAGGGUCCCCAAGUCAGCAGCCUGGUUGGGUCGUCAGAAGACCCCCCAGGCGACAGGCUGGGCAAUGGCCUGCCCAGGAAGGCCAAGGAGAAACUAGACAAGAAGAAGGAUGUGGUUAAGCCGCCUUACCAGAAGAUGAGAAGGGCCAGCGGGAGGCUGGCUGGGAGGAAGGUCUUUGUGGAAAUCCCUAAGAAGAAAUACACGAGAAGACUGCGAGAGCAGCAGACAGGGGCAGAGGAGGAGGAAGAGGAGGAGGGCGCUGCAGAGUCCGGGUGCUUCCAGGGCCAGGGCGCCGAGAGCGCAGGAGUGAAGGCGGAGGUAGAACCGGCAACACCGACAAAGCCGGAGCAUCUGGUGGCUGGUGGGCAGCUGGCGGACCCGGUGCAAAAGGCAGCCGGGGGGGAGGAGGACGACGACGAUGAGGAGGAGGAGGAGGAGGAUGGGGGUGAGGGGGAGGAGGGGAAGGAAAAAAAGAAGAGCAACUUCAAGUGCAGCAUCUGCGAGAGGGCAUUUCUGUACGAGAAGAGCUUCCUGAAGCACAGCCGGCGCCACCACGGGGUGGCUGCCCAGGUGGUGUACCGCUGCGACACGUGCGGCCAGACCUUUGCCAACCGCUGCAACCUCAACAGCCACCAGCGCCACGUGCACAGCAGCGAGCGGCACUUCCCCUGCGAGCUGUGCGGCAAGAAGUUCAAGCGCAAGAAGGACGUGAAGCGACACGUGGUGCAGGUGCAUGAGGGCGGCGGCGAGCGCCACCGCUGCGGCCAGUGCGGCAAGGGCCUGAGCUCUAAGACGGCGCUGCGGCUGCAUGAGCGCACGCACACGGGUGACCGGCCCUAUGGCUGCACCGAGUGCGGAGCCAAGUUCUCGCAGCCCUCGGCACUCAAGACACACAUGAGAAUUCACACAGGGGAAAAACCUUUUGUCUGUGAUGAGUGCGGUGCGAGAUUCACGCAGAACCACAUGCUGAUCUACCACAAAAGGUGCCACACAGGUGAGAGGCCCUUCAUGUGCGAGACGUGCGGCAAGAGCUUUGCCUCCAAGGAGUACCUGAAGCACCACAACAGGAUCCACACGGGCUCGAAGCCCUUCAAAUGUGAGGUGUGCUUCCGGACCUUUGCCCAGCGCAACUCCCUCUACCAGCACAUCAAGGUGCACACAGGCGAGCGGCCCUACUGUUGCGACCAGUGUGGGAAGCAGUUCACCCAACUCAACGCCCUGCAGCGUCAUCACCGGAUCCACACGGGCGAGAAGCCAUUCAUGUGCAAUGCCUGUGGGCGGACAUUCACGGACAAGUCCACGCUGCGGCGACACACUUCUAUACACGAUAAGAAUACUCCAUGGAAGUCUUUCCUUGUCAUUGUAGAUGGCUCCCCCAAGAACGACGAGGGCCACAAGAUGGAACAGCCAGAUGAAGUGUACACGUCACCCAAGCUUUCUGAUAAAUUGCUGUCUUUUGCAGAAAGCAGCCACUUUCCCAGCCUGGCCGCUGUGCCAGGCAGUGCCACAGCUGCACACGAAAACAGUACAGUGGACCCAGCGUGCAAGUCCGACAACACUGUGGCAUCCCAGGAUGCCCUGCUGGCCACCACCAUCAGCGAGCUCAGUGGGCUGACCCCACAGCCGGACACAGUGCCUGCACAGCUGCACUCACUGACCAACAUGGAAUGAGUCCACGGAGUGGCGCUGUUGAGACUCGGCGUGCAUGCAGUGGCUGGACCGAUCAAGUUAGGGCCAGGACCCAGGGACCAGGAGCAAAACCUGUCCCCGGGCAAGGUGAGAGCCAGGCUAGCCCCAAGGAGAGCUCCCCAAUGGGCGUGACCGUGCACGUGCUCGUUUCAGGUGCCCUGGGCCAUCCCACUCUGCAUGACCUUCACCCUGCUUGCCCACCGCACAAGGCUCUCCCGUCACCUCACUUACCCAGUGUGGAGGCCACACCUUGUCCCAACACGGGCUCUGGUCCAGCUCGGGGACAUGCUGUCGGCUUCCCCGCCCUUUCACCCUGCCUUACUUCCUCCUCUGUUUACUUCUCUGAUACUUCUAAUCUCCUCUAUUUUUCUACCAAGCCAACUUCAAAGGGGGGCCAAAUAUUUUUCAGCAGUUUCUUCCCCUGCUUGAAUGAAAGCCAGUCAGAUGAGCUGUAGGAAACCCCUUGGGAUGGGGGAUUGAGGCCAUGGAUCCCUGAACACAUUCCUCCCCCAUCACCCCAUCAGCAGGCACAAAUAAAGCACUGGCAAAGUGAACCCUCACAGACCCGCCCAGUAGAAUCCACCCAUAGCACAGAUGCAGCUGGGAACUUGAAACACAAUCCACCUUAGAGGGAAGAUGUGGUGUUGUUCAUUCCCAAAGACGCUAUUAGGUACUUGCUGUCCUACCAAAGAGUCUAGAGAAACAGUGUAGUGUGUUUGCAAAGAGAUGUGACACACUCAGCACGCGGGGGCUGGGUGCCGAGUCUGUUCCCGGGAAGCAGGAGGCGAGUACAGCCACCACAGUGUUUUUGCCCAGGUCUCCUGACUGCACACCAGGAGGACGGCUGGAAGAGGCUAGUCACUGCAACAUGUGUGUUUCCUCGGGGGCGUCAUGAGGAUACGGAAGGAAUCAAAAGCCUGGAUGUUGUGAUUUGUUAUGCCUUAAAGAGUUGACUGGGAGGGCUGUAGCUGACUGCCCUUCCUGCUGCUGGAUGGAAUCAGAAAACACCGCCAGUGAUACGCCCUUGCUGGAUCAACCAGCCACUUGUCUGGUGCAAGGCCUGGGCCCGUGGCCUUGUGUCUGAGACAGGCUGAUUCACAUGAAACCCUUCAAGGCCUUAAAGCGAAUCCCUUUUUUCUUACUAGUUGUUUUCCUUGUGCCCCAUACAUCCUAUUUAUUAGAUGUGCCGAGAACACUGACUGCCUAAGAGGAAGGUACUUAAUCUGUGGGGUCCAAGAUGACGUGGCCGCGUGAGGCCAAAAACCAGCGGAGGGCUUCCUUCCUAAACGCUGACUUUGACCUCAGUCAGUGGACAGUGAAGCCACUACAAGGUGACCGGUAUCAGCCUGGCUCUCAAAGGUUGAAGGUCGCAGGAUUGAGCUACUGCAGAUUCCCUGGGGACACCGUCACUGUACCCUGGCUAUGUUUACAGAGCGGAAAAACUAACAGCUGUUGCACAACCGCCUUCAACUCAGAGGGGAUGGAACCUGCCAGCUGACGUAUUAUUGGAUGGAAUAAAGUCAUCCUGAUGAGAAGGAAUUUAAGCGAUAGAUUAUUUUGUUACCUCCUAGAAUAAUUUUUGUCUUGAAUUUGUUCAUUUAGAAGUUCUACAGAAACACUGUUGAACAUGUUAAUAAACAUUGCUUUGUUACAAACGGCCUGGCAGGUUGAUUUAUUUACUUUAUGACAGGCUCU